GCGGCGGGGCCGGGGUUCCGAGUCCGCGCGUGGCGGAGGCUGGGCGGCUUCUCUCAGGGUCCCUGCUGCAUUCGACAAGCUGAAGUUAGAGCGCGGGCCAGGACUUCUUCCAGGGCUGCGGCCCCGCUCAGCUCGUUUGGGCCGGAAGUCAGUCCGAUUCCGCCCCGGCCCAGAGCCGUGCGGUACAAGCAGGUGACUGCCUCCUCCUCGGCGUGAGCACCAGGUCUGGACGCAUCCAGCGCAGCCAUGUUCUCUGAGCAGGCUGCCCAGAGGGCCCAUACUCUGCUCUCCCCGCCGUCAGCCAGCAAUGCCACCUUCGCCCGCGUGCCUGUGUCCACGUACACCAACUCCUCGCAGCCCUUCCGGCUGGGGGAGCGCAGCUUCAGCCGGCAGUAUGCCCACAUUUAUGCCACCCGCCUCAUCCAAAUGAGGCCCUUUCUGGUGAGCCGGGCCAAACAGCACUGGGGUGCUGGAGUCCAAAUAAAGAAGCUGUGUGAGCUACAGCCCGGGGAGAAGUGCUGUGUGGUGGGGACCCUGUUCAAGGCCAUGCCGCUCCAGCCAUCCAUCCUGCGGGAGAUCAGCGAAGAGCACAACCUACUCCCCCAGCCCCCACGGAGCAAAUACAUCCAUCCGGACGACGAGCUGGUCUUGGAAGAUGAACUGCAGCGCAUCAAACUGGAAGGCACCAUUGAUGUGUGCAAGCUGGUCACAGGGACGGUCCUGGCCGUGCUCGGCUCUGUGAGAGACACUGGGAAGUUUCUGGUGGAGGACCACUGCUUUGCAGAGCUUGCUCCUCAGGAGCCCGCACCCUGCCUUGACACAGACAGGUUUGUGCUGCUGGUGUCUGGCCUGGGCCUGGGUGGAGGUGGGGGCGAGAGCCUGCUGGGCACCCAGCUGCUGGUGGAUGUGGUGACCGGGCAGCUGGGGGACGAGGGGGAGCAGUGCAGUGCCGCGCACGUGUCCCGGGUCAUCCUGGCCGGGAACCUCCUGAGCCACAACACCCAGAGCAGAGACUCCAUCAACAAGGCCAAGUACUUAACCAAGAAAACCCAGGCAGCCAGCGUGGAGGCUGUCAAGAUGCUGGAUGAGAUCCUCCUGCAGCUGAGUGCCUCGGUACCCGUGGAUGUGAUGCCGGGAGAAUUUGACCCAACCAACUACACACUCCCCCAGCAGCCCCUGCACCCCUGCAUGUUCCCGCUGGCCACUGCCUACUCAACCCUCCAGCUGGUCACCAACCCCUACCAGGCCACCAUUGAUGGAGUCAGAUUCCUAGGGACAUCAGGACAGAAUGUGAGCGACAUUUUCCGGUACAGCAGCAUGGAGGACCACCUGGAGAUACUGGAGUGGACGCUGCGCAUCCGUCACAUCAGCCCCACAGCCCCCGACACGCUAGGUUGCUACCCCUUCUACAAGACAGACCCGUUCAUCUUUCCCGAGUGUCCUCAUGUCUACUUUUGUGGGAACACCCCCAGCUUUGGCUCUAAAAUCUUCCGAGGCCCAGAGGACCAGAGGGUGCUGCUGGUGGCUGUCCCUGACUUUAGCAGCACGCAGACCGCCUGUCUCGUGAAUCUGCGCAGCCUGGCCUGCCAGCCCAUCAGCUUCUCAGGCUUCGGAGCUGAGGAGGAGGACCUGGGGGGCCUGGUUCUGGACCCCUGACUCACAGAGAUCCCGGCCACCCUUUCCCCACAGUGUUGGCACCACAGCAGGGGGUGCUUUGUAAUAAAAGCCUGACCUUGUGCUGGCGUUGAGCUCCUGCA